GACAAUAAUAUUAUUGCCGUAGUGCCGUGACAGUGUGUGAAUGCGCGCGCAUCAGCCAUCACCGUCGUGUCCGUCCGGUCAAAAUAUUUUCUUAGCGCACUACACGUUUUUUUACACAAAAUUAAAUAUCGAUCGUCAGGAUUUUUACAUUUUUCCGAUCAUUUUUGUUACCCAUCUCCUGCCGUUUACGACGCGUGUCAUAUAACAUUGUGCGAGGCCCCGUGUACCAAUGUAACUGCAGACUCUUAUCUCGUUGACGCGACCACGAUAUUGAAUACUAGUGAUCUGUCGAACACCGGAACAGAACGCAUUGUGUCGUUUUAUUCAGUGGCGUCAAUCCAAUACGACGGUCUCGUCACAAACCAUCCGGAGUGACGUACACCGUGUUUUCAACGACCGCGACUGUUUGUACGACUUGGUGGUGGAGCGGUCUCAGCGGUCUACGGAACGCUGGUGGUAGCAGAAGUCCCGACGUCAGCGUCCAUCCGACGCCGUCAUCGACCCUUCGAUCGUGGAGGUGGUGGACAAGCGAAAGUCAGUCCGAUGUGCCGCCAUGGCGACCGCCACCGCGUCCGCCGUCAACGUUCUGUUCCUGUUGCUGCACAUGUCAACAGUCGGCAGUGUCGCACGAGCGGACAUGAUGACCGACAUUGGACCAGACUCAACGUGGAUCACCGAGCCACCAGAGGGUGGCAUUGCGGUCCGCAGUAAGCCUUACACGUUACAAUGUCAUUCAACCCUGCCGAAUGCCACAUAUCUAUGGAUGUACAACAAUCGAACUUUAGAUCUAGUCAACGACUCGCGGCGUCAGAUUCUUCCCAACGGCUCUCUGUAUUUCAAAACCGUGGUGAACAAAAAAUGGGGCGACGCGGGAUCCUAUAGAUGUAUAGUACAAACUCCCCACGGUGCAGUUUCCUCAAAAACAGUUACAUUGCUCACGGCAGUUAUUUAUGACUUUGAUGUAUCACCAUCCAAUGUAACAGUUAGUUCAGAAGCUAGUUGUUCUGUUAUUCGAUUUAACUGUCAUGUAAAUUCCGUUCCUUUAGCAACUAUUACGUGGCAGAAAAACGGAGUUGUUUUGUCCAGUAACAAUAAAAAGUUUGUAACUAAAGUUCCUGGUGUACUAUAUAUUAAACAAGUUAACGAGAAUGAUGCUGGAGAGUAUAGAUGCGUAGGAAAAAACCAUUUAUUGAACAAGACAAAAUACAGUGCAGUUGGUAAUUUGACUGUCAACAAGAUAAACACUGGAGGAUCUUCUGGACCAAAAUCAGAUAUCCAAAAAUUAGCAUUCAUUUCGCCGAAUGUCUUGAACCUGAAUGUCAAGUAUGUGACUGAAGGUGAAAAUGUGACAUUUGAGUGUGCUGCUACUGGUGUUCCGGCUCCUCAGCUCAACUGGUCAUUUGAAAACUCUACAGGACACAAUACUAUGCUUAAUAAUGAAGGAACUUCUGUCAACAUAUUAAGUUUAACAAGAGUAAGUUUUAAGGAUUCAGGAAUGUAUAAAUGUCAUGCAUUUCAGUCUGUAACAGGAUGGCCGGAUCUGCCACAAACUCAAUAUUUUCAAUUAGAAGUUAUGACACCUCCUAACAUCACUAUUCCACCAGAAACACAAACCAUGCCUAUAGCAAAUACUAUUCGCUUUAGGUGUGUGGCUGAAGGUAAUCCCACUCCUAAUAUAACAUGGUAUCACAAUGGUCAACGUUUGAAGUUAAAUGGUCGUAUAAAGGCCAAGAGCAAACAACUUUUAUUAGUUAGUAAUACAGUAUCGAAUGACUCUGGAUUCUAUCAAUGUUUUGCUUCUAACCAAUAUGGGACUAUAUGGGCAGGAGCAAUGCUCAAUAUUAGCUCAUCCCCAUUUGAACCAGCACCGCCUAUUAAUAUCAGCUGCCGUACAUUAUCUCCUACUCAAAUUCAAGUAUCUUGGCGAAAAUCCCCAACAGAUAUCCCUGAUGAUCCGCCUAUCCUUGUUCACGAUGUUUCUACACAACUUGGCACUUCUCACGGUGGUGUGUUAUCAUCAUCAUCUGCUACUGUGUCUACAGAUAAUGCAAAUAAAGUAUCCAGAGCUUAUUCUAUUCAUUACAUGCCUACAGAUGGUGGAGAAGAAACACAACAAGUUAGUGUAAACCAUUCUAUUAUUGUAGAAAAAUUGAAACCAUACAAAAACUACACUUUUUAUGUACGAGUCUAUAAUGGUAAAUCUGGAUCUGAUCAAUCUGAAAAAGUCACUUGUAAAACUCAAGAUAGAGCGUUACAAACAGUUCCAGAACUAAUGGUUACUACUGCUCUUAGUCCUAUAUCAAUAUACAUAGAAUGGGCUGCAAUUAACGUAAAUUUGGCGAAUGAAGCCAUUACUCAUUAUCAAGUAAUGUGGAAACGUUUACAUUGUUCAUCGAAUUAUAUACAAUUGUUGGAUAAUGAUGCCAGACAAUACACAAUAACAGGACUUAAACCAGGAGAACAAUAUGAAGUGCAAGUAUUAGGUGCAACACAAAAUGGUUUACCUAACAUUAAUUUUUCAUGGCAUUUAGUUGAGUUACCCAAUAUUAAUCCUAUAUUGCCCAUACCUAUUUUAAGAUUUAGCAUUGACCAAUCAAUUAUAAAGCUUUCAUGGUUUGUCAAUGAUCAAUCAAUUAAAUUUGACUCGUAUAAACUAAUGUAUCGCAUCACUAGCCAAACAAACCAAUCAAUGAUGACACUACACAUACUCAGACCAGACACAAACAAUCAUAAAAUACAUUAUACCAGUGAUUUAGAUGUUUAUGAAGUACUAUUAAACUGUGUAUCCGAAAGCGGUGAAGGAGAAUCAGUAUCUAGAACUAUAGCGGUAGCGUUAGAUGUAUUGUCACCACCAUCUCAGAUCGAAGCUGUUGCUACGUCACUCCAGACAUUGAAUUUGUCAUGGGUUAAUUCAGAUUCUGUUAGUCCAUUGUCUUUGCUGUCUAUUAUUACCUACAAUCUAGUAUCAGAUUUUUCUCAGAAAUCCACUACAGUUAUAACUGAUUUGGGUGUAUCUUCAUUUGAACUAUCAGGACUUAAACCUUAUAGUUUAUAUGAAAUCAAGAUAGCAGUUCAAGACCAAAAUAACAGAAAAAGUGAAUUCAGUCAAAAGAUACAGAUACGCACACUUCAAGGAGUUCCUGGUAUAGUAGAACAAAUAGAAUUACAGUGGAUAAAUACUAGUACUGUUCGCAUAACUUGGGUAGAGCCAAUGAAGUCAAAUGGUGUAAUUAUGGGUUAUUAUGUUUCAUAUACAUCCGAUCUUCAUAUACCACCUACAUCCUGGGAACAGCUAAAUGUCUCUCGUCAUAAAAACUCAUUAGAUUUGUAUGGCUUAAGCAAUAACACACAAUACUUCUUUAUGGUACGUGCUGCUACUGAUGCCGGAUUUGGUCUACAAAGUGGCAUAUUUUCCAUUACUCCAUUAACUACACUGAUUAAUCUACCGGUUAAUUCAAAAUAUCCCGCCAAUUCACCAACCUUGUAUAUAGAAGAUCAGCAGCUAUUAGGUAUAGUCAUCGGUAGCGUGAUUGGAGUUUGUUUCAUGAUGAUAUGUGUUACAAGUAUUGUAUUGAAACGUCAAUGUGUGAAAACUGAACGAGAACGAGAUCCCCAACAAAACUCAAUGGGUACUGAUAUGGCAUUCUGUGCUCAAAAUCUGCGACCAUUUACUAUUGAUCAUGAUCAACACGAAGAAAGUGUUCCUUUAAACGAUGUAAAUUACAUUACUAGGCACAUUGAAGGAAGAAAUCGAUAUUCAAAUAACAUGUCUGGCAUGGCGUUGCCACUUCUUGAUCAAAGUAAUCCAGGAGAUCAUGACAUAACAAAUGUCCAUAUCAUUGAAAACCCUCAGUGUACUGUUGAUGUUGAUGGUUAUGAUGUGGACAGUCUAUUAAGCGAAUCAGCUGAAGGUGGUGCAGGCACUGAAGAAUCUGGUUGCAGUGACCAACUGGCUAAGAGCCAUAAAGGUGGUGGUGAUUCCAGUGUGGUUGAUGAUGGAUUUCAUGAACAUGUUAUGAGCUAAAGAGAAUGUUGGUUGGUGUGUAUGUAAUGGUAUAAAUGAUGUGCCAAAACUGAGACAUAAUAAUAAUAUUUUUAUGUAUUCCCUGAGAUUCACUAAAGUUUGUACUAUUUUUUUAAACUUAUAUGAUGCAUAUUAUAACAAACAUCACCAAAAAUAAAAAUAAAUGUCUGGGUUUUACUGACAUCACAUUAUGCAUGUUAUACCAACAACAUAUUAUGUUGGAUUCAACCUGGAAGAAUGUAGGCCACUAUUAAUUAUAUUUUAAAUGGUUUUAUUAUUAUUAUUAUUAUUAUUAUUAUUAGGAAUAACUAUGUAUGAUUACUCAAAACACUUGUUUUGUGUUUUAUUAUUUUAUAGUUAUUUAGUUCGCUACUAUGUUUAACUUUUGAUGUGUAAUUUUUGGAUUGACUUCUUGAAAUUUUAAUCCCUUAAAUUUGAUUUAAUAAUUUUUUUAAAACAACGCCUCAACUUCUUACCAUUUUUAAUCAUUAUUUUCUUUAGGGAUUGCGAUAAAAAGUGAGAUACAUACGUACAUUAAAAAAAUAUUGUUAAUAUAGUUUAUAAGUGUUUUCCUGAAUAUUAUAUCUAUAUUUUUUUUUAGACUAUUUAGUUAUUAGGUUUCACUGAACCUCACAAAUAUAGUACAAUUAAUAUAUAUUUUAUAUGUUUAUGAUCUUCUGAGUUCUAUCAAAGUUUUUGGUAUCAAAUAACCAUUGCUAUUCUUGGAUUUUUUCCUGUUUCAUUUUUGUGCACAUUUUAAGUUAUACAUACAUAGUGUCCAUCACCUUAA